AUGCCUAAUCCAGCUAAUUCAGCUACACUCUGGUCAGAUGUAGUUCAAUCUCCAUUAGAAGACAACCCUUUGCCAUUCAGUAUUGUUGCUCGUAACAAAAAAAGACCAAGACUUAACAAUUCACCUGAAACCAAUCAACCUAAUCCUGCAAUAACUAGCAACAAAUUGGAAUCAUCAAAAUUACCAACUAAAAUAGUUGGCGCUAAAAAAAACGAUAAUAAUAAACUCAGUGCUGAUAAAAAAUUGAUCAAAAAAUCUGUAUUUGCCAUGAGCAACAUCAAAAAAUGCAGCAGAAGUAAUGUGAUUGACUACCUAUCAGAGGUGGGUAUUCAGGUAAUUUCGUGCUAUCCAGUGCAGAAGCGCUCUCUGGCUCCGUCAGGUACUCUGCCUCGUAAUGAAGACGAAGACUCAACAAUGUUCAGAGUAUGCAUCAACGCCAGUGAUACUUCUAAAAUUCAAGAUCCUGACAAUUUGCCAGAAAACGUAAUCAUCCGUGAAUGGCGACCGAACAAGCAAGGUGGUGGUGUUGGGAUUUUUCUCAGGGAGGGUAUCAAUUAUUCAGUCUUGGAUGAAGUUACGCUCUCCAAUUGUGUAGUUGACUACUUGGGUAUCGAAAUCAAAUUAAACAACGCAAUAAUAUAUUUAUAUGCUUUCUAUAGACCCCCGGAUUCGGAUAUUGAUUUGCUUAUUCAAGUACUCAAUCUCAUUUUUGUGAAACUUAAAUCUAAAUCUAAUACAUAUCUUGUUGGUGAUUUUAACAUAAAUCUCCUGAAACCUUUUCUUAACCACUCAGUUGCAUCUUUUCCUGAUUUUUUAGCUUCUUUUAAUUUUUAUCCUCUUAUAUCCAAGCCUACUCGUGUUUCUCAGUCUUCUUCUUCUUUAAUAGACAACAUUUUUACUAACAACCUAUCAGUCCAUUCUUCUGGUAUUUUAUUACAUGACUUUUCAGACCACUUUCCUAUUUUUACCACAUCUUCUUCUUUUGAAAUGUAUUAUACUACUACUCCUCCAAAAGUUUCUAGAAAUCUUUCCUACAGAUCACUUGAGCAGAUAAACUUUUGUUUAUCUAAUCAAGAUUGGUCUUCAGUCACUACACUAACCGAUAUCAACGAAUGUUGCACAAAUUUCUACUUUCUUUUCUUCAGGAUUCUAGACGCUGUCUCACCACAACUACCUUCCAAUCAAUUAGUUUCUAAAGUGCCAUUCCACAAUGUUCAACAGUGCUCCUCGAUGAAUUUCACAAAGAGUCAGUCAGAAUGGGUCUUGAGAUCUGCUUUUAAAUAUGGAAGUGAUGAAGAAGUAAUUGAACAGAAG